AUGGAAACACGGGACCUCCAGGCAGACAUCGCGGUGCCGGGCAGGGAGAUGCAUCGCCUGGACUGUUCAUGCCGCUUCCACUGCACUCCCCCCCCUUCACUCAGGCACUCCACCACCUCCUCCACUACCUCAAGACCCACUAAACCACACCCAACACCCACUCCAACGCCUCCCCUUCUGCUUCACGGCUCCGCGAUGUCACUCAGGCCAGGCUCAGGAAGACCUCCACCAAUGCCUCAUGGCCUCAGGGCCAGCGAUGCCUCCAGGGAUGUCAGCCGCUGGUGGGCGAGGGCGCGGCAGCGAGCACCUGGUGGAAGCCCCUGCCCCGGCCCCGACACCGCCCCAGUCUACCAAGCCACAGGACGUUCAUGUUACCCCGCCCUCGCUAACGACCGCACCGUCACCAGCCGCCGCACCGCCGGCCACACUCGCCCGGACAAUAAUCCGAAGACGUGGGCCGGGCAACGCGGCCACGCUGAGGGCCACGAGGCGCGUUGCAGGGAGUGGCUGCCUCGCCGUGCCGGGAGUCGCCUCGCUUGUCACAACACUCCCCUAGGCGCCCCCAAGGACACCCGGGCAGCCUCCUCCGGCGAGAGCGAGGCCGGAAGUCAGCAGGCACCCAUCACGGCGCCCUCCCCGCGUCCCUCCCGCCCUGAUAUCGCUCACAUUUCACCAGCACCGUCGGCUCCAGCACGCGACCCCUCAGCAUCGCGGGACAUUAUCAGCGUGUGCAGCCGCCUCAGCAGCACCACGGCGGCCUCCCUCCCCUCCUCCCCUUCCCCGCCCCGAGUGUUAUCAAGGACCAAGGAAUAA